CAGUUUCUUACCGUAAGAGGGAGUUCAGACCUAGAUCUUUCCAGUUAAUCACACAACAAAUUUAGCUCAUUGCAAUAAAAAGCCGCUCAGAGCCGACUGGCUCUUUCAGGCACUGAGUCGGAACAGGAUUCUUCCACCCAGGCAUCUCCUCCAGUGGGACCCGCCAGCGCCCAGCACCAUGUGGGUGACCAAACUCCUGCCAGCCCUGCUGCUGCAGCACGUCCUCCUCCACCUCCUGCUGCUUCCCAUCGCCAUCCCCUAUGCAGAAGGACAGAAGAAAAGAAGAAACACACUUCAUGAAUUCAAAAAGUCAGCAAAGACUACUCUAUUUAAAGAAGACCCAUUACUGAAGAUAAAAACAAAAAAAAUGAACGCUGCAGACCAAUGUGCUAAUAGGUGUAUUAGGAAUAAAGGACUUCCAUUUACUUGCAAGGCCUUUGUUUUUGAUAAAGCAAGAAAACGAUGCCUCUGGUUCCCUUUCAAUAGCAUGUCAACUGGAGUGAAAAAACAGUUUGGCCAUGAAUUCGACCUCUACGAAAACAAAGACUAUAUUAGAAACUGCAUCAUUGGUAAAGGAGGUAGCUACAAAGGAACGGUGUCUAUCACUAAGAGUGGCAUCAAAUGCCAGCCCUGGAAUUCCAUGAUACCCCACGAGCACAGCUUUUUGCCUUCGAGCUAUCGGGGUAAAGACCUACAGGAAAACUACUGUCGAAAUCCUCGAGGGGAAGAAGGGGGACCGUGGUGUUUCACAAGCAAUCCAGAGGUACGCUACGAAGUCUGUGACAUUCCUCAGUGUUCAGAAGUAGAAUGCAUGACCUGCAAUGGGGAAAGUUAUCGAGGCCCCAUGGAUCAUACCGAAUCAGGCAAGAUUUGUCAGCGCUGGGAUCAUCAGACGCCACAUCGGCACAAAUUCAUGCCAGAAAGAUAUCCCGACAAGGGCUUUGAUGAUAAUUAUUGCCGCAAUCCUGAUGGCAAGCCGAGGCCAUGGUGCUAUACUCUUGACCCUGACACCCCUUGGGAGUACUGUGCAAUUAAAAUGUGUGCUCACAGUACUAUGAAUGACACCAAUGUCCCUAUGGAAACAACUGAAUGCAUUCAAGGUCAAGGAGAAGGUUAUCGGGGAACCGUCAAUACCAUUUGGAAUGGAAUUCCAUGUCAGCGAUGGGAUUCCCAGUAUCCCCACCAGCAUGACAUAACUCCUGAAAAUUUCAAGUGCAAGGACCUAAGAGAAAAUUAUUGCCGAAAUCCAGAUGGGGCUGAGUCACCCUGGUGUUUUACCACUGAUCCAAACAUCCGAGUUGGCUACUGCUCCCAAAUUCCAAAAUGUGACGUGUCGAGAGGACAAGAUUGUUAUCGUGGAAAUGGCAAAAAUUAUAUGGGCAAUUUAUCCAAAACACGAUCUGGACUAACAUGCUCAAUGUGGGACAAGAACAUGGAAGAUUUACACCGGCAUAUCUUCUGGGAACCAGAUGCUAGCAAGCUAAAUAAGAAUUACUGUCGGAAUCCUGAUGAUGACGCCCAUGGCCCCUGGUGUUACACGGGAAAUCCUCUCAUUCCUUGGGAUUACUGCCCUAUUUCUCGUUGUGAAGGUGAUACCACACCAACAAUAGUCAACUUAGACCAUCCUGUCAUAUCUUGCGCCAAAACAAAACAAUUACGAGUUGUAAAUGGAAUUCCAACACGAACAAAUGUAGGAUGGAUGGUUAGUUUGAAAUACAGAAAUAAACAUAUCUGUGGAGGAUCAUUGAUAAAGGAAAGUUGGAUUCUUACCGCAAGGCAGUGUUUCCCUUCUCGAAACAAAGACUUGAAAGACUAUGAGGUUUGGCUUGGGAUUCAUGAUGUCCAUGGAAGAGGAGAUGAGAAACGCAAACAGGUUCUCAAUGUUUCCCAGGUGGUAUACGGGCCGGAAGGAUCAGAUCUGGUAUUACUGAAGCUCGCCAGACCUGCUGUCCUGGAUAAUUUUGUUAGUACAAUUGAUUUACCCAAUUAUGGAUGCAUAAUUCCUGAAAAAACCACUUGCAGUGUUUACGGCUGGGGCUACACUGGAUUGAUCAACUCUGAUGGUCUAUUACGAGUAGCACAUCUCUUUAUUAUGGGGAAUGAGAAAUGCAGCCAAUAUCAUCAAGGGAAGGUGACUCUGAAUGAAUCUGAAAUAUGUGCUGGAGCUGAAAAUAUUGCAGCGGGACCAUGCGAGGGGGAUUAUGGUGGCCCGCUUGUUUGUGAACAACAUAAGAUGAGAAUGGUUCUUGGGGUUAUUGUUCCUGGUCGUGGAUGUGCCAUUGCAAAUCGCCCUGGCAUCUUUGUCCGAGUAGCAUAUUAUGCAAAAUGGAUACAUAAAGUUAUAUUAACGUAUAAGGUACCGCAGUCAUAGCUGAUGUAACUGUGCCUGAAAUUUCCAUCAAUACAACUCUCUUUUACAUGAGGAUUCAGAGAACAUGGAAUUAAAAUGUCACUUAAAACAAUCCUAAGACACUUGAGUGUCAUGUUUGUUAGAUACUCAUUAAUAUUUAUGGGUGUUUCCUGUUGUUUUGUUUGUGAAUGUUAUUUUGUAAAUGUUGAAGUGAAUUAAGGUACAUGUGAGUGCAGUAACAUAUCUCCUGAAGAUACUUGAAUGGAUUAAAAAAUGCAAAGGUAUAAUUGCUGGAUGAUAAAAGACUUAAUGGGAAAAUCAAUUAAUCUCUCUACACUGCUUUCCAAGAUUAGUUUCUUAAGAAUGAAUGCACCAUAAGUUAAACAUUAUUUUAACCUCACAAAAAUAAUUUAUACCUUGCUUUUUAAAAUUGUAACUCAGUAUUAAAUUAUAUUACCUUUCAUAUGCCAUACAUUAUAUUUCAUUUGUUUCUCCUUACUAUGUAUCCUGUAAUAUUAGUAUACAUAUGUUUUAUAAGAACUUGUACCCAUAUACACAAGCCUGGGUACAGAGGUGCAUGCACUAGAGUUCAAAUUGUGGUGUAUCUAAUGUAACCCUUAAGUAUUCUGAAAGAGUACUUAUAGUUUUUCCUUAAGAAAAAACAAACAAAUGUAAAGACCAGUAGAAAUAUUAAGGAAAGGUGCAAAAUAGAAAUGACAAGCUCAUCCUGAUAUAUAAUCUGCAGAUGACCUCUAGGGUUGGCAUUGAAGGUGUGUCCAUGACCCACAAUGUUAAAUAACACCUAACCUAGGUAGCUACAUGUAUUUAUCAUCCUAGUUAUUUUAUGUAGUUUCUAAUUCUUAAAGGGAAGAGGGUGAUAUGCGUAUUAGGGUCAUUUCUUCCAAAUUUAGGGCCACAUUUUUAUGUAAGAUAUUUUUAGAUUUAUUUUCCUAUAGUAUUUUUUAAAAUCUUAGAUGAAUAUGCAAUUGAAGUUUAAAAGUAUUUUGGUAUUUAAAAUGUAUUUCAGUAAGGUAACUCUAAGACUUGCUGUGAUUGGCUUCUAACUCAUCCUCUUUAAUUUUUAAAAAGUAUUUCAGGGGAAAAUUUUCAUGCCUUCAAAGAUUUGCAAAUAGCCCCUUUUCAAAUUAUUCAUUAAAGUAUAUAUUGAAGAAAAAAAUUGAAAUACUUUUUUUCAACCUGGAGGUCUUUUAGCCUAAUAAAACUUUACUCAAGUAAAGUAAAAACGUAAAAUAAAAGGAAAGAAAAUGACUUGUCCAAACUCUCUGUAUUCAAUUUUUUAAAAGAUUGAAUCUGAUAAAUGAGCUAUUUUAUCAAGAUAUCUUUCUUUGAUCUUAACUUCAUUUUACAUAGAUCUUUCCUAACACCACGGGAAAUAGUCAUUCAAAUUUUGUAUUCUGUAUGAUAAUAAGUAAAUUAUCAUAUUACUGUAUUUGUUGUGAUUAGCUGAAUAUCAUAUAUUGUCGAGAAGUGAGAUAAAGAGUAAUAGGAUAGGUUCUAAAUUUUUACAAAAUCUUCCUUACAGAUCUUUAAAAGUAAUGAUUUGAAUGAUUCAAAUCCAGCAUUCCCACUUCUCCAACUAGCUUCUCUUGAAUGAUCUUUAUUAAGGCCAAGGAUUUUAUUGAAGAGUAAAAACAGCAUCACCAAUAAGCCAUCAGACAUGUUGUACAAAACAGUUCUCCCUUUGGGAAGUUUUCUUUGUAAUAGAGGGAAAAGGGAGGAAUUGACAAUAAAAGCAAGAUGAACAAAAUCUGUUAUUUUAGGUGGCAGGACAGGGUACAAUCAUAUAUUUUUAUCUGGUGAAGGAUACUAUUACCUGGGCAUUCUUUUCUUAAUAAACUACAAAUCAUGAAAAAUCCAAUUUAUCCCAAAAUCCAUUUCAUUUUGAGUCAUGGAUCAAACUAUCUUUCAAAUUUGAAGUUUUCAUUGCUAUUUUUGUUUUGGCUGCUUGAAUAAUGGUCAUAUGUUGUUAUAAUUAUGGACAUUUUCUGAUGUCUACCAGGAAUAGUAAUGUAAAAUUAAAAUAUGUGUCAUAAUGCCUCUGCUGUGCAGAAGGGAUGAUAAUCCUUUUGUAUACUUCUUUAAUUUUAUUGUAAAAUAUGUAUGACUUUUACCUAUGUGCUGUGGGCAGGUCCUCAGUAAAAUGGUUUCUAUUGAACCAAUCUCUAGUAUCAACAGGCUCUUGCUUACUAUCUAAGUGUUUCAAACUGUGGGAAAUAUGAGACACUGGAAAGCAAGAAAAAUAACAAUAAUGGUAUGUGAUAGCAAAAUUAUAUUUCACUUAUUCCUGUGAAUAUUUCUUGUUGGUACCAAUGGUACUGUACAAAGUGAAUGUUAUAGCCACAGCAUUCUCUUGAAGAAAAAAAACACUGUCAAGAAGUUAAAAAUUGCUGUCGGGCAUUUUCUUGUUGUUUCAAAACAUAUGUUUUUAAAGAAAUACUGGUUUUGCAAUGUAGGGAUCAUGGUGUAAAUAAUUUUAAUAAACUCUACUACUAAAAAACAUUAAAGUGAUGAUUUACUAAGGUUCAAAAAUUGACUGCUUUCAAAUAAUUAUACCUCAUGUUUAUAGACAAACAUUUGAAAAACAAAAAUAAUUUGAAUAAAAAGACAUAGUGUGAACAAAUUACUUUUCAAAAUAAAGUCCAAAAAUAGGUUAUCUUUUAAAGUUAAAUUAAGUUCUGAACUAAGAAUUUACUAAUACAAAAAAAGAAAACAUUAAAACUUUCUGGACCUUAUAAAUCUUGACAGUGUAAUUUUAAGUAGAUAACUUCCAUUUGCACAAAAAGUUUCUGUCUUUACGAAACUGAAAAUGGAAUACUGUGGUGUUAUGACUGUGUUGUGUGUGUAAAUAGGAAACUGAUAAGCUGCCUAUUCAGUGGUAUAGCAGGAUGCUUACCCAAAAAGGGAACACUGUGGUUAUGACUUGUAUAUGAAGUGUCUGUAGUUAAUAAAGUUGUUAUUUUUAUAACCAUGAUUAUAUUAAUAUUAUUCUUAAUGAUAAUAAAAUAUUUUACCUAAAUG